AUGGCAGACUAUAGCAGAUUCGGAGCUCCAUCCGAGGAGUGGCUCGACCUGAUUCGGAAGAAUCCUCUGCCUGCCAUACCCCCUCUCUUGACACUGCAACAGCGUCGAGACUUUCGCAGAGUAAGCAAUGAAGGAAGAGUUCGAGCAAGCAAAACAGCUCUCAAAGGGCUGGACAGUCUUGAUGUUGCCAUUGAGACAGAAGCAAUCCUGACGCGUGACUUUCAAGAAAUUGGAGCACGUAUCUAUACCCCUAGAACAAGCAAUCAAGGACGCUCGCGACUCUCAGUCGAAGACCAAUGCCCAGUUGUAUUGUACUUUCAUGGCGGUGGGUUCUUCAGUGGAAAUCUCUCAACCGAAGACGCCAUGUGCCUGCGGCUGGCUAGCGCCUGCAAUGUCACGGUCAUAUCUGUGAAUUACAGACACACUCCGGAAUGGACUUAUCCCACUCAAUUCGACGACGCCUGGGACGCAAGAUGCCAAGUUUUACACAAUCCAAAGUCGUUGAGCCUCUCGAAGAACAUCAAGCUAUUUGUGGCUGGGACGAGCAGCGGAGCUUGCCUUGCUGCCAGCCUCGUCGUGAAGGAACGGAUUCUUGGUGAUGUCAGAAUUCAAGGCCAGGCAUUAUGGACUCCAUGGCUGUGUCAUCCAGGAACAUUUCCUUAUCACGAAUUUGUCAGCCAGGAAAAAUCAUCUCCAACCCAAUGCAAGGAUGCACCGCUGCUCCCGUAUUCUCUUGUGCUUGAGUAUGCAAAUAUGCUCAAUCUGGACGAGGAGGCACAAGCUGACAUUGUUGCUAACCCUCUGCACUGUGAUGAUGCAAUCAUCAAAGCUAUGCCACCUACACAUAUCCUGGUCUGUGGCAAUGAUCCUCUUAGAGAUCAUGGGAUGAUUUUUCAGAAGAAUUUAGACCGCGCAAGGUACUUAAUGGCCCUCUGA